UUGUCAUCGAAGAAAAAGUUUAGAAAUCAAAAUACACAAUCACAAAUAUCAGCUGUUAUUGAAAGUGUGAUCUCGUUAUUCACGUAUUAAUAAUAAUUAAAAGCCAAAAGAAUGGCUGUUUUCAGUUUAAAGGAUACAGAUAAAUACUAUUUGACACUAACUGAACCUCCUAAGCGAUUUGACGCUGAUAGUCCAGUGACUAAUGUAUUUUUUGACGACACAAAUGGGCAGGUAUUUACGGUGAGGUCUGGCGGUGUGACUGGAGUAACUGUUAAUGGAAUGGAUGAUUCUAAAUCAACGUCAUUUAGAAUGGAAGAUAAAGGCCCUAUAAUAUCUAUAAAGUUCUCCCCAGAUCAUAAAAUAUUAGCUAUUCAACGGAAUUUAGAUGGUCAAAUUCCAUCUGUAGAGUUUGUGAAUUUUAAGGACCUAAUUCCGACGAAUAUAGAGUAUAGUCACACCUGUAAAUGGAAAACUGCAAAGAUAUUGGGAUUUGUGUGGCCAAAAGUAAAUGAAAUUGCAUUUAUAACUGAUCAUGGUAUUGAAUUGCUUCAGAUAAUGCCUGAAAAGAAACAGUUGAAAACUUUAAAGAGCACAUCUUUUAGUGGUGCAUGGUUUUCAUGGUGUGCUCAGAGCAAAAUAGUCGUGUUGGCAGGAAAUAAUGGUGCUCUGUUGCAACCUUUCUCACUUGGUACAUCAACAAUCACUAAGUUACAGAAAAUUGAAUUGGAGUCAUCUCGACCAGUGGUUGAGCGGGACGUGUUUGUGCUGCGCCUGUGUGACAGCACCUGGUGCGCUGUUUUCCGUCAUGGCAACACCGCCACCUCUGUGUCAGGCCCCACUGAGGUUUGGCUGAUGCCAAUAUCUAGUGGGGGGACUCAGCAUGUGUUAAAGACCGGCCUGGUGGGGAGGUUUGCUGUGAGUGUGGUUGACAACCUAGUCAUCAUACAUCAUCAGUCAAGUCAAACAUCACAAAUAUUCGACAUAAUGGAGCAGUGCAAGGUGGAAAACAAAAUGGCGGUCCAUGUUCCUGUGGUGCCGGGAGUUUCUCUAAAGCCAGCUUUUAUCGAUGAACAGCCGUGUCCCAUGUAUUCCGGCAACUGGGUGGUGUUCCAGCCCCACUUCAUUAUAGACGCGCGGCUCGGCUGUCUGUGGAGGGUCAGCCUGCUUCCCGAGUCACUCCUGCAUUCGGUACCGAGAGAUGAGAUCGCGAAGGUGAUCGGAGUGCUACUGCGACUGGAACACGGAAAGCAGGCGAUAUACCUGGCGCUCAACCAGCUGGUGAGCGACGCCGGCGUCUACUUGGUGGAGCUGGGCCAGGUGUUUGACGAGAUCAACGCUGUGUACAGAAAAUGGGCCGAUGCGGAGGUAGCGAAGAACACGGCAGGCCACGUCGCAGAGAAGAGCGAGUCGUUCCCUGUGGUCAUAUCUCAGUCUGACAUGUGUAGCCACGUGCUGCAGACUCACGCAGACGACAAACACCUUGUGCAGGUGGUGACGCUGUACCUGUCGUCGCUGAGCGCUCACGAGCUGAUCGUGCAGCACUCCGUGGGCGAGCUGUGCGUGCGCACGCUAGUGACGCGCGGCGCGGCGGGCCGCCUCCGCUCGCUGGUGCGGCGCGGCUGUCUGGACGCGCAGCGCCCGCUGGCCUGCCAGCUGCUGAGCCUGGGCCGGCUGGACCCCGCCGCCGCGCAGCUGGCGCUCGACAUGAUGCGACGACUCAACGCGCCGCCGGAGAUAGUGGAGGUGUUGUUGAGCUGGGACGAGCCCGUGAGCGCAGCUGGUGCGGCACGACAGCUGGGCGCGUGGGGGUCUCUGUCAGCCCGCAAGGUCCUGGCAGCGGCACAACAGCACCAGCACCCCGCUGCCUUUCUGGCGGUCUACCACGCACUGCUGCUGCGGAACGAGCGCACCCGGGGCUCGCCGCACUUCCUUAAAGGCGAGCAAUGCGACGUCUACAUAGAGCAUUACAAGCAGCUGAUGACUGAGGAGUGACGGAAUAUACCGGGCCACAGGACGCGGGACGCAGAGACUACAUUCACCUUAUCCAUCCUCGAAUGAUUAACAGCAGCUCUCGAAAUUUGCUACAUCAUCAUCAUCAUUUCAACCAGAAGACGUCCACUGCUGGACAAAGGCCACCCCCAAAGAUCUCCACGACGAUCGCUCCUGCGAUGCCCUAAUCCAACCUACUCCGGCGAUCUUGACCAGAUCGUCGGUCCAUCUUGUAGGGGGCCUACCAACUCUACGCCUUCCGGUACGUGGUUGUCAGUCGACGAGCUUACGGCCCCAACCUAUGUGCCCUGCCCACUGCCACUUCAGUUUCACAAUCAUUUGGGCUACGUCGGUGACUUUCGUUCUCCUACGGAUCUCCUCAUUUCUGAUUCGACUCCCAGGGUAACUCCGAGCAUAGCCCUCUCCAUUGCCCGCUGAGCAACAGUGACCUACAUUGGACAAAUAAUCCAGUUGGGCAGGUCCAAUUUCGGGAAAGAGGUCACUCGUCGAAUCCAACUCGGAUGGGCAGCAUUCGGGAAGUUCCGUAAAAUCUUCUCGUCCAAAAUACCAGUGUCUGAAUACGAAGAUUUUUAACUAAUUUGUGUUGCCAGUACAUACGGAAUUGCUACAUUAUAAGUACUAAAUUUAAAAAUCAAGAUCGCCGGAAUACGUUGGAUGAGGGCAGCGCAGGACUGAUCGUCGUGGAAAUCUUUGGGGGAGGCCUUUGUGGACGUCUUCCGGCUAGUUAUGAUGAAGUACUGAAUUGAAUUCACCCCAUUGUUAGUCGUAUCCAUUUGGGAUUACUGUAUUGGCAUUGCUACCGGCCGCAGCAGUUGAUCUUCAACAUAGCUGUGCGGGGUAUGAAGAUAAACUGUCAGACUGCAUAAUGCGUAAUGUGGUGAAAUUGGGUGGUAUUUAUUGGACAACUCAUCGGAACACUCCCCGUGAUGCGUGAUCUUUACACAACGCCAAAGAAUCCAGCGAAUAGUUGAUAUAUAAAUAAAAGGCAUUUUCUCAAA